UCCCCCUCCUCCCCCACUGGAAGUUAUGUCAAAGCCCCUCACUCAGCUCCUGCUGCCAGAUCUCCCUGCCGGGGCCACCAGCCCCCAGUGUGGGGCCAGCAACCCGGCUGGAAGUGGCCCCCAAGGUGGACAGCUGACCCCCAUGACCAACCUGAAGUCCCUGCUCCAGCUGCCAAUCAAGAGCGACCAGAGAGGCGCCAAGGACUGCUGCGAAAUGCGAGACAAAGACAAGCCAGUGGAUUCUGAGGAGAACUCGAUGGGCGGUAACGGCGGAGGGCCCGGCGGGCAGGGAGGAGUCCCGGCCUCCGGUGCCCUGCGACCCAACUCCCAGUCGGCGUUCCUGGGCCCGCUGCUGUGGGAGAGGACCCUGCCCUGCGACGGAGGCCUGUUCCAGCUGCAGUACAUGGACCUGGAGGAGUUCCUGACGGAGAACGGGAUGGGGAUGCACAGCAACGGGCCCAGCUCCACCAGCGCCCAGAUCCCCUCCCAGAGUUCCCAGUCAGCGGUGCCCAACCAGAGCUCCCAGUGCCCGCCCACCUCUCCUCCACCCUGCUCUUCCUCCUCCUCCUCCAUGUCCUCCUCAUCCUCCUCUUCCUCGCUGGUGGGACUGGAGAACGUCAAACCACAGCCGCCACCGCCGCCACCACCUCAGCCGCAGCAAAGCAUGAUGGGAGGACCGGAAUGUCUACAUGGUGAGUGA